UCCGUCAGAGCUAGUCGACGGUUGCAAAUGGCGACAGCCACGAAGUCUCUGGCACGGGCUCGCGAUUAGUUCCACGCCUACCGUGCGCCCCGCGAGCGAGCCGUGCGUGCGACGCAACCUCAGGUCAGAUCGGUAGCUCGAAGCAAGACGAGGCAAAAUGCCAGCCGUCCGAGGAGAUGGCAUGCGUGGAUUGGCGGUGUUCAUAUCGGAUAUCAGGAAUUGUAAAAGCAAAGAAGCAGAAAUCAAGAGAAUCAAUAAGGAAUUAGCGAACAUUCGCAGUAAAUUUAAAGGGGAUAAGACACUCGAUGGGUAUCAGAAGAAGAAAUAUGUGUGCAAGCUGCUGUUCAUUUUUCUUCUUGGCCAUGACAUCGAUUUCGGACAUAUGGAGGCUGUCAAUUUGCUGUCAUCGAAUAAGUAUUCGGAAAAACAAAUUGGUUACCUUUUCAUAUCAGUCUUAGUGAACACCAACAGCGACCUGAUCAAGUUGAUCAUACAGAGUAUAAAAAAUGAUCUCGCUUCGCGCAAUCCGAUUCACGUGAACUUGGCGUUGCAAUGCAUCGCUAAUAUCGGUAGCAAGGAAAUGGCGGAGGCUUUCGGCAAUGAGAUCCCGAAGCUGCUUGUUUCAGGAGAUACCAUGGAUGUUGUGAAGCAAAGCGCCGCGUUAUGCCUACUGCGUCUGCUACGAACUGCCCCCGACGUCGUGCCUGGAGGCGAGUGGACGUCUCGCAUAGUCCAUCUGUUAAACGAUCAACACUUGGGCGUUGUAACAGCCGCGGCGUCGCUCAUAGAUGCUCUCGUGAAGAGGAAUCCCGAGGAAUACAAGGGCUGCGUCAGCCUCGCAGUUUCGAGAUUAAGUAGAAUCGUCACGUCGAGUUAUACAGAUCUGCAGGAUUACACGUAUUACUUUGUGCCAGCUCCGUGGUUAUCUGUCAAGUUACUGCGUUUGCUGCAGAACUAUACGCCUCCAGCCGAAGAUCCGGGUGUAAGGGGCAGAUUAAACGAGUGUCUAGAAACGAUAUUAAACAAAGCUCAAGAACCACCAAAGUCGAAGAAGGUGCAGCACUCGAACGCUAAGAAUGCUGUGCUCUUCGAGGCCAUUAGUUUAAUUAUCCACAACGAUAGCGAGCCAAAUCUCUUAGUGCGUGCGUGCAACCAACUCGGCCAGUUCUUGUCGAAUCGCGAGACCAACCUGCGAUAUCUGGCACUCGAGUCUAUGUGCCAUUUGGCCACUUCGGAAUUCUCGCACGAAGCGGUAAAGAAGCAUCAGGAGGUGGUCAUAUUGUCGAUGAAGAUGGAAAAGGACGUCUCAGUGAGACAGCAAGCGGUAGAUCUGUUGUACGCUAUGUGCGAUAAGAGUAAUGCCGAGGAAAUAGUUCAGGAAAUGUUAAACUACCUGGAGACGGCAGACUAUUCGAUCAGAGAGGAGAUGGUCCUCAAGGUUGCGAUUCUAGCCGAGAAGUACGCGACCGAUUACACUUGGUACGUCGAUGUAAUCCUGAAUCUAAUUAGGAUAGCAGGUGACUACGUAUCCGAGGAAGUCUGGUACCGGGUCAUCCAAAUCGUUAUCAAUCGUGACGACGUUCAAGGCUACGCCGCCAAAACCGUCUUCGAGGCCUUGCAAGCACCCGCCUGCCAUGAAAAUAUGGUCAAAGUCGGUGGUUACAUUCUCGGGGAAUUUGGUAAUCUCAUUGCCGGCGACCAACGGUCCUCUCCAGCCGUUCAGUUUCAACUGUUACAUUCCAAAUAUCAUCUGUGCUCCCCUAUGACUCGAGCAUUGCUGCUUUCGACGUACAUCAAGUUCGUUAAUCUGUUCCCUGAAAUCCGAAGUCAGAUACAGGAUGUCUUCAGGCAGCAUAGUAACCUGCGCAGCGCGGACGCCGAGCUGCAACAGAGAGCGUCAGAAUACUUACAACUGAGCAUCAUUGCCUCCACCGAUGUUCUGGCCACCGUAUUGGAAGAGAUGCCGGCGUUCCCCGAGAGGGAGUCCUCCAUUCUCGCGGUGUUAAAGAAGAAGAAGCCGGGUCGAGUGCCGGAGAACGAGAUCAGGGAGAGCAAGAGUCCAGCGCCAAACGCCAAUCAUCACGCUGAAGCUCCUGCCGUUACUGCGACUGUCACCGUCAACAAUUCCUCCGCCGAUCUGCUGGGAUUGUCAACUCCACCCUCCUCCCAACCGACUAGCAACACGGGCGUACUGCUCGAUGUUUUGGGAGAUAUUUACAACAUGCCAAACAAAGUUGGUGCCACCAACGGCGCGCAAAACACGUAUAAUCCUAAAAAGUUUGUCUGUAAAAAUAACGGUGUCCUGUUCGAGAAUGACUUGAUACAAAUCGGCGUAAAGUCCGAGUUUAGACAAAAUCUCGGGCGCGUCGGUCUUUUCUACGGGAACAAAACGCAGUACGCAUUACAUAGUUUUCAACCGUUGCUCUCUUGGACGGAAGAGAAUCAGGCUAAGUUAGCGGUGCAAGUGAAGCCGAUCGAUUCUGUAUUGGAAGCUGGCGCGCAGAUCCAGCAAAUGAUCAAUGCGGAAUGUGUCGACGAUUAUAGCGAUGCGCCGAGUAUGCUUAUCUCUUUCAUUUACAAUAACGUGCCACAGAAAAUUACCAUGAAGUUACCUUUAACGAUUAACAAGUUUUUUGAGCCGACGGAAAUGAACGGGGAAUCGUUCUUCGCGAGAUGGAAAAACCUUGGCGGGGCGAAUCAACAACGCUCGCAGAAGAUCUUCAAAGCGCAACAACCGAUGGAUCUGACGCAAGUGCGCACGAAAUUGCAAGGCUUCGGGAUGCAAUUACUCGACGGCAUUGACCCGAAUCCCGAUAACUUCGUUUGUGCUGGAAUUGUUCAUAUGAGGGCGCAACAAGUAGGUUGCCUGUUGCGUCUCGAACCUAAUAAACAAGCGCAGAUGUUCCGUUUGACGGUCCGUUCAAGUAAAGAAUCUAUGUCGGUAGAGAUCUGUGACCUGCUGGUGGAUCAAUUUUAAGCGGCCUAGCAGGCGUGAAAUGUUGAUGAGAAAUAAAUAUCACGUCGUGAGAGGACACAUAUAUUGUUACUGCGGGAGGAUGUCAUCUCGCGUCGUUCAGAAAGAUACUGAUGAUUAUUUGUUAAGAGAUAUUCGCGCGUUGUACCCAAGCUUACACUCACGACUCUCUUAUGAGACCUAUAUCUUCGUGUAGGUAGUUUCGUGUCACCGUGUAUCAGUUUGAUCGAGAAAAGCAGUAGAUGUGAGAAUCAAGUCCACCGGAAGUCGUGCGAAAAGAACGAAGGACGUAAAGUGGCUAUGAUAGACAGUAUUAUCGCAUAAUCGAGGAUAGUGAGGGUGCAGGUUUAUACUCUAACGGAUUCGCACUCUGUAUUGUAUGUUUACGGUUACGCGGAUAAGUGCGACAUGGGGAGAGCGAGAGAGAGAGAGAGAGAGAGAGAGAGAGAGAGAGAAAACUAGAUAUUUUAGCUGAACAUGUACGUACAUUAUAGAAAAACCACUCGAGCCGCAUCACAGAAACAAAGCAUAUAUAUAUUUUUAUUGAGUUUUACAAUACACGAGUUUCCCUCUUUAUCGUUGCGAUCGAUACAGCCCAUAAUAUCGGAAAUUUACUGUUGGUUCAUCGAGGGUGAGACAUCUCUUUGUACGUGAACGUCUCAUUGUUACAUCUUUUCAUAGCCUAUAUCGUGAUUUUCGUUCGGUUUCGCUAGUUGUGUUAGCAUUGAUACUUCGCCAUAAGAUUGCCGCGUGAGCGAGAGUAUAGAUUUGGGCACAAUGACAAUAGUUGUAUGAUACUAGCUGUUUAUUAUUAUAGAUAUUCCAGUACAGCUUGGAGUCUCAAGUCCUGUUCCAAUAUUUUCACGUUUUCUACUUUAAAACUAACAAAAAUAGAAGGAAAAGUUUUAAUAAACAUUGGUAUUGAAACUGUCACUUUCUAAGAUACAGCCUUAUCUCUUGUUUAAAAUGUUUCUCCACGGCAAAUGUUUGAAAUGACUACCAUGGCAAAAGCCACACACGCGUCGAUAUAUUGUAUCAGUGAUUGCAUGUUUCAAUAUUCCAGGCUGUUUUCUUGUGAGAUCGCAGGCAUUUUAUAUAUAUUGCUGCAAUUCUUGAACAUUUUGCAAUGAGAUGGGUAGGGAGAGGGAAGGAGAGAGAGAGAGUGAGAGAGAGAGAGAGAGAGAGAGAGAGAGAGAAUACCAUAAUUAUAAAAAUAUA